AUGGGCCCUCAAAAUAUCAAUGCGGAGGAGAGAACUGUUGGUGUUGAGUCUCGAGAUGAGAAGCCUGGUAUCAAUCACGAAGACAAUAUGGAUCGCCUCAAUAAGAGCGCACAUGCUAUUGCAGAGAGAGGUCAUGAAGCGACUGAUAGGCGAGGUCAAUCGCUCGUCACAUUUGACCCUAUUGCGGAAAGAAAACUGAGAUUGAAGAUUGACUUAAUGAUCGUUCCUACUGUGGCAUUAUUGUAUCUCUUCUGUUUUAUUGAUCGAGCAAAUAUUGGCAAUGCCAAACUUGCGGGACUUGAAAAGGACCUGAACUUGGCAGGAUAUGAUUACAACAAAGUCCUGUCUAUCUUCUACAUCUCAUAUAUCAUCUUUGAAAUUCCCUCAAACAUGGCUUGUAAAUGGAUAGGUCCGGGUUGGUUCAUUCCCGCAACUUCGUUGGCGUUUGGAAUUUGCUCGAUUGCCACGGCGUUUGUUCAUAACAUCCACACCAUCUCCGCCGUCCGUUUCUUAUUGGGUAUAUUUGAGGCGGGUAUGUUUCCGGGGAUCGCAUACUAUCUUUCUCGUUGGUAUCGGCGAUCGGAAUUGGCGUUUCGUCUAUCGCUAUAUAUUGUCAUGGCUCCAUUAGCUGGUGCAUUUGGAGGUCUGCUCGCCUCGGCGAUUUUGAAGCUUCCAAACUUUGGUACGCUUCAUACAUGGCGAAUGAUCUUCGCCAUCGAAGGUAUCAUUACCUGUUGUCUAUCAGUCAUCGCCUUUCUCACCUUGACCGAUCGUCCUGCCACCGCAAAGUGGCUUACGCAAGAAGAAAAAGAUCUCGCCAUCGCUCGUGUAAAAUCCGAACGAGUUGGAGCUACUGAAGUAUUAGAUGCAUUCGAUACCAAGAAAGUCCUCCGUGGUAUCUUCUGUCCGGUAACCAUCGCAACUUCCCUUAUUUUUCUCCUCAACAAUAUUACUGUCCAAGGUCUCGCUUUCUUUGCCCCAACCAUUGUAAAAACCAUCUACCCGAAAGCGACCGUUGUCUCUCAGCAACUCCACACUGUCCCUCCUUACAUCGUCGGUGCAUUCUUCACACUUCUCUUCCCGUUUCUCAGCGGGCGCUUCGACCGUCGCAACAUAUUUCUCAUCACGAGCACGCCCCUAAUGAUGUGCGGAUACAUCAUGUUCCUAGCUAGCACCGAUGCCCCAACGCGCUACGGCGCCACCUUCCUCAUAGCCAGCGGAGCUUUCUCUUUCGGCGCUCUAUGCAAUGCCCAAGUUGCCGCCAACGUCGUCUCCGAUACCGCACGCUCGAGUGCCAUUGGUACUAAUGUCAUGAUGGGUAAUGUUGGGGGUCUCAUCUCCACAUGGUCAUUCCUACCCACCGACGCACCCGACUAUCAUAUCGGGAAUGGACUUAAUUUGGCGACUGGAACGUCUAUCUUCUUCUUGUCGAUUGCGUUGCUUUGGUGGAUGAAAAUGGAUAAUAAAAAGAGGGAAGUGAGAGAUGUGGAUGCCGAGUUGGAUGGUUUGAGUCAAAAACAAAUUCAGGAUUUGGAUUGGAGACACCCAGGAUUCAAGUGGAAGCCUUAG